AUGGCGGCUGCGGAUGUCCCCAAAUGGGGCUUUGGGCAAGAGCCCAUGCAAAUUAAACCCGUUGCUGCCGACUUCAUUCCGCACUUCGCGACCACAGGCGACACCCGUGUCGACGCAAGCAAGACCUUCCUCAAUUUUGGCGCCUUUGCGUUCAAGAAGCCACUUACCCGACCGCCCGCGUGGGAACGGGUUCCUACACAGUCGCUUGCUGCUCCCAGCUCGAACCGACAGAUCAUGCGCCGAGUCACAGUCUCCAACAGCCUCCAGCCCGACACACCCUUCGUCAUCUUCCCAAAUGUCUCCGCCAUUCCUGUCCCUACUCGUGAGGAGCUCGGUUUCGACCUGACUCUUCCCCGCAAAGUCCAACGCCUAGAAUCCUUUGAGCCUUGCCUUAGAGAAGCAGUGUUUGAGGAUCUGUUGAUGUUCUCGCAUGCUCAGCACAUGCACAAUCUUAUGAGAGCCAAGGUUGGUGUUGCGAACGGCCUUCUCGAAACUUACUCUGGUCACACACGCGAAGACCUCGAGGCUAUCGGCCAAGGAAUCCGACAAAUCGUUCCGCUCAAGCGAGUUGCUAGCCUCAUCAGCACCGAGGUUGUCGAUAUUGACGGCUCCCCCAUUUCCCUGGUGCCCGCCAGAGGAAACCGACUUCUAACGUACGACGAUGUGCUUCGUAAGAUCCAGGCUGCCAACGAAUCAGGAAAACAGUCGGUCAAUCUGAGGGACGCGUCCAUCUCAGAGGUCACUACCGCACUGCAAAACAGUCGUCGGGAUCCUCGAAAGCGCCUCGCUGCUCUCGGUGAGCCCGAACUCUCCACUAUCUUGGACGAGGAGGAACCAGAGAGUCCCACCGUUGUUCAGGAGCCUGUUGAGGAGUCUGUUAUCUUCCCUGGAUCCCCUUCUCCCUCGAAGCGACUUAGUCGUCUCAUCACUAGCGACACCAUCAAGAAGAGUGUCCGCCGACUUUCGAAGCUUGCCCAACGCAUCCAUGGUUCUCCUUCCAAGUCGUCCCCUUCGAAAUCAUCCCCGUCAAAAUCUUCUCCUGCCAAGUCGAAGCGUGCUUCCUCACCUCUCGCCCAGCGUUCUAGCCCUGUCUAUGGAUCUGUUAUCAAGGACAACAUGUCCACCGAGUCCGUCGCUGACUCUCCCACUCGCCCUGGCCGAACUUUCCGAGUGCCAUCUGAGUGCGACUCAUCUUAUUUCGAAGAUACCGGUCUCCCAGAGACCCCUCACAAGUCGUCGUCGCCUGUCAUGAACUACUCGCGACCCAUCGCUCCCACUCCCUCUCAGUGGAACCGGGCUGAGCCCUCAACUCCCGCCACUCCUGCUGCCCAGAGUGCUCCCAUCAUUCCUGCCACCCCUCAGCAGACCGACAGUCCUAUCGGUCUUGCUGCUCUUCUUCCUGCCAUCCUUCCUCCCUCUACUCCCAAGCCACACGGUUGCACACUUGAAGUCCUUGAGCCUAGUGAGACUUUCGACUUCGGGAAAACAACUUCUUUCGGUGGCUCUAGCUCGUGGAUGUUUUCUUCUCCUCAGCCCACUGAGCCCAUUCGUAUCAAGGCCGGUAACCAGGCGCGCCGUCGUCGUAGCGAACCUCUGCUCCGCAAGUUCCUCGACACCCGAGCUCGUCGUCUCUCGUCGUCUCCUCAGAAGGUCCAAUACCAACAAGAAGCGAUCUUCAAUGAUGAUAUUUCCAUUGCCUCGCUAUUCGACAUCACUUAUGAGUCACCUGCGAAGGCCGCUGCCAUCGAUGCAGUCGACGAGACUUCUAUUCUCGAUUCUAUUACCUCCCCCUCCAACGAGCCUGCAGCUGAAAGCGCGGCCGAGCACACUCUGCCUCUUGACACACCUAUGGAGGAGAGUGUUGCCACCGAGGCUGGUCCCAUUGAGGCAGCCAAACCUACCGAAGGCGAGUCCAACUUGAGCCAUGCCAGCGUUCUCACUGAGAACCUUUGGUUGCGAGACCUGGAUUCUUCAACCACCGUACCUCCCACCAACCGUCAGGACGAGCAACAUAGUUCCAUCCAGCCACACACUACUGUUGCCGACUCACCUGUCACCAAAGUUCCUAUCUCUUCUGAAGGUGUUGUAAACAUCGAUGUCCGGGAGAAUCCCGACAUUUUCGGGACCCAAAUCUCAUCACCACCUGCCCCUGCCCCCAUCCAGAAUCUUUCUCGCAUGGCCGACGACGCCUGCGAUGGCCACGCUAAGGUCGUGGUCACUGAGGAAAAUGGUAGACUCUUUGUCCGAUUUAAGGUGUCGGCCAGAUAUGCCCACAUGUUCCCUGCAAGCCAAGGGUUCAACGAUUCUCUCUCAUUCUCUCCAUCGGUCGACAUUUCUACACCAAGACCCCGACCCGUCAACCCCACUGCGCAGACUCCUGAUCUCAAUAGCUUUGGUGACGUUGCCAGCCCAUCUCCCAGCGUAAUGCAGACCCCCGAACCUCAAUCUACCGAGUCACUCCUCAAGACACCUGAUAUCAACGGUGUCGGUGUUAUCGACCGCUCCUCCCCCGGUGAAUUUGAUACACCUGAACUUCCUCAACACGAUAACACUCUUGUCUUCGGCGAGCCUACAUCAAUCGACCGACCUUCUUCUAUUCGACGCGCUACUCGCCGCCAGAGUGAAAUGACCCCAUUGAAGCGUGCUACAAGAAACGCAAUGGGCAUCUCCCAGGGGCCUGACACACCCAAAUUCGCCACGCCGGUCGCCGAUAAUGGCGACGAGACACUGGUCAUGGAAGAAACACCCACUAAGCGGGACGAUGAAACACCUGCUCAGCAGGUCGAGACUCCAGCAGCUCCCCCUAUCCAGGAGGUAGAAGCCGCUCCUGCUGCCAAUAAUGGUGGCCAAGACCUGGACAGCCCAGGUCGGGAUUACUUGCGCGCAUUCAUCAACCAGAAUCGCCGAACUACCGCUACCGCUACUGCUGGUACCACCACCACCAACGAAUCCUCAACUGCCGCGGCCACAAACACCACUACCCUCACGCCCGCAGCAGAAAUCAUUCCUGCCGUCACCACCACCGAAGCAGGAUCCCCAAUCGCGCCAGCAGCCAAGCGCCAGCCUCUUGGAGCCCGAAGCCCUAACAGGGGUAGCCCCAUGAAGGCUAAACGCAAGGCGGAUUGUGAUAACGACGAGGAAUCUCCCGCGAAGAAGUCCAAGAUUGACAACGCGGCGAGUGAGGCAAGGUCGAUCCGUCAGGUCUCUCGAAAGACCAAGGCUAAGCGCCAGAAGGCAGAGUUGGCCAUCGACAUGACGGAUCUUCCCUCUGCCUCCUCCUCCACUACCAACCCCACCACCACCUCCUCCUCUGCUCCCAAUGGCAAGCAGGUUGACGAGCUUGCCAGCAGCACAUCAGCCACCCGCCGAUCGUCUCGUCUCCGAAGUCAGGACACCCCGAGCAGCGCUCCCAAGUCGUCGCUGCCUACUCCCAUCAAGCUCGGCCGAGCCGGUGCUGGCCGCAGCCUCCCAAAGAAGGCUCGCAGCGAGGAGGACGAGUUGGCUCGCAAGACGAGGGCCAACACCAAGCGGAACAUGGGUAAGGCCGAGUUCCCUGCCGAAGUCCUCGUUAGAAUUGCGGACGAGGCAGAGAAGAACUCUGACCAUGGUGAGGAGUCGGAGAGACCAACCAGUGGUCGACGUGUGGGGUGGAACCAGCCUCUGGAGAAGGUGCAGGGAGAAGAGCCCAAGAAGGGGCGGGCCAAGGGCAAGGCCACACAAGGACAGACGGGCAUUUCGAAGCUCAAGGCGAAGCGGGCCACCAAGGUGGCAGCGGAUCUGGGCAUGGUGGCCAACGGCACACCCGCCAAACCCCAGCGCGUGACGCGUUCCAGCGCACGCUCUGGGGUUUGA